UACAAGUUGGCUGAAAUUCAAAAUUCAAAUUUCAAAUGCAGGAUUGUGCAUAAAGUGGACCCAAAAUGUUGCUGUGGUUCUCUCCCGUGGGCUUAGAAUCCGUGGUGUCUCUACCACAGGGUGAUGCUCGCGGCAAAAUAGAUCAAACUGUUUAUGGGGAUCGUUACUUUAGCUUUGAAGGACUCCCAUAUGCUAUGCCACCCGUUGGAAACUUACGUUUUCAGCCGCCUGUACCUCCGCCAUGCUGGACGGGUCCUCGCAACUUUUUCACGCCAGGCAACAAGUCCAUUCAGAAAAAUUGGCAAACGGGCACUGUCGAGGGUUCGGAAGAUUGUCUCUAUUUGAAUGUGUAUACCAAAGAGCUGUAUGGUACUGUGAAGAUGCCAGUGAUUGUGUUUAUUCAUGGCGGGUCCUACAAUUCCGGCGGUGCGGUCCGCGAAAGUUUUAGUCCGGACUACUUUAUGUUAAAGGACGUAGUACUGGUUACAUUUAAUUAUCGACUUGGCUGUUUGGGUUUCCUCAGUCUGAAAGAUCCUGAUCUGGAGGUGCCGGGAAAUAAUGGUAUAAAGGAUAUGAUUUUGGCUUUGCGUUGGGUGAAAAAUAACAUUAUACUGUUUAAUGGUGAUCCGGAGAAAAUUGCGGUGUGUGGUAUGGCCGCCGGUGCCGCUGCUGUCCACUAUCUUAUGUGUACGCCCCAUGCGAAAGAUCUGUUCCAGAGAGCCAUUCUGAUGGCCGGCUGUACUCUUAACUAUUGGGCUAGCAUGCCGCAAAAGGAUUUCGCCUUCCGGCUUGCGAAACUCAACGGCUACAAAGGUGUGGAUGACGAUGCGUCAGUGCUAAGGUUCUUGUCUAAGAUUCCUGCCGAAGCUCUUGUGGAUCAGUGGUUGCUUACGACCGAGGAGCUCGAGGAUGGCUACGUAUUCGCCUUUGGUCCAGUCAUAGAGCCGUACAUCACUUCAGAAACGCUAAUUCCAACUCGACCCGUUGAUAUGCUUCGUCAAAGCUGGGGCAAUUGUAUACCCCUUAUAUUGGGAGGAACGUCUUUCGAAGGCUUGUAUGCAUUCCCAUUAUUGCUUUCUCAUCCAGAGCUAGUCCAACAGAUGAAGGGACAACCUCAGAAUAUAUUGCCAUAUGAUGCACGCGAGGGCCACUCUGAGGAGUUCUGUCUACAGCUCAGCAAACAUCUAAUCCAGAAGCACUUUGGCAAGGGAGCUCACAAUAGUACUGACGAACAGUCAUUACUGGACUACAUGGAUUUUGUUUCGUACAAGAACUUUUGGCAUGGACUGCACCGCACAACGCUCUCUCGCGUCUAUUACACCAAUUGUCCCACCUAUCUGUACCGUUUUGAUUUCUAUUCACGAUUUAAUCAGCAACGCCAUUUGCUGCUCAGUAAUCAGGGGAUUCAUGCCAAAGGAGCUGCCCAUGGAGAUGAGCUCUCCUACUUGUUCUUCUCUUCCACCUCGUGGCCUCUGAAGCGUCAGUCGCCCGAAUUUAUAAACAUAACGCGCAUGAUUGCGAUAUGGACCUCCUUUGCGGAUAGUGGUCGACCGAAAUGCCCUGAGUUGAACAACAUUCGAGUACAUUGGCAUCCACUACGCGUUAACAAAGUAUUCCAGGCAUUGAAUAUUGGCAAAAAGCUGGAAUUUAUUGAGAUACCCGAACGGGCCAAGUUAGAGGCGUGGAAUGAUUGUUAUGAGCCCGAGCAGUUGUAUUAAAUUCUGGUUUCAUCUUUUGAUUAUAAUAUAUCUGAAUAUCUGAA